CUUCCCUUCCCAUGACAGCCACCUGGAACCACUUUCCUUAUUCAGGAAACUUUCCUCGAAGCUAGCUAGCUCGCCCCGCCUACCGCGAUACAGUAGAAAGUCCGUCCCUUUGUUCUGGUCCUCCCGCUAGAAAAUGUACGCUCUGACCCUAAGGUGUCAUGUUUCAUCAUUUCAUUUUCUCUCUCUUUCUUCAAUACUCUACUUGCGUACAUACGCGCUAGCGCAGGUAUGUACUGUAUGUAGAGUCGUAUUUCUGGAAAGAAGGGUACUGUACUGUAGGAUCAGAAUAGCAAGCAAUGCACGCCCGCGCGAAAGAACAGUACCUCCCGAAUAUGUUUCACACCAUCAAGCGGCUGAACCCACCCAGCGGCUCAACUCCAUCACCAUCACCUCUCCCCAUACUUAGGUAUUCAAAGUGACAAAGAAAAUAAAAUUACCUACCCGCCAGGACCCCAUUACCGCUUUUACCCUCCUCGUGUCAUCAAGUCACGACGUA